UUUUUGUAUGUUUUUCUGCCACCUAGUCAUUUAAAAAAAAUUUUUUCUGGCCUCAUUUUUAGGGGUUUUAGUUUAAAAAAAACAAAUAAAAUGGACACCACACAUCUCAAAUUGACGGAAAAUGACAACAACGACAAUAAUUCUAUUUCAUCAUUAAAUGAAGAGUCUUCUUCCUCUUCUAUUUCUAAUAAAGCGGAGGAUGGUAAUAAACUUUUGAACAAGACAGACAAGACAAAUGGGAAAAAUGACGAAAUGGGGAAGAGUGGAAAUGAGGACAAUUUAAUGGAAGAUAAGAUUGAUUUCCAACCUAAUACAACGAUAAGGCCAACAGAAAUGGAUAAUAAUUUGAAUGCUUCUUCUCCAUUAUUGGAUAAAAAUCAAUCGCAAAAAUCAUUCAAAAAAUAUUUAAAUCCUUCACCACCAACAAUAAUUCCAACACCAACACAUUCUUCAAUUAAUUCCUCCAUCGACUCUUCACAACAUUCUGAUUGGCGUUCUUUAUAUAUUUGUACUUUUUUGACUUUUUGUUCUGCUGUGCAAUUUUCUCUUUAUUUUUCUUCUAUGCGACAAUAUUUACAAAUUAUGGAUUCUUCCGCCUCAGAAAAUUUUUACGGGUAUAUUGUUGCUAGUUAUUCACUUGGUCAAAUGAUUGCUUCCCCUAUUGUUGGUUAUUUAUCUAAUAGACUAAAAAAGAUUCGACAUUUAUUGUAUAUUGGCAUUUUCCUUGCAUUUUUAGGAAAUGCUUUGUACUUGUGUGUUCAUCUAUUUCCCAUUGAAGAGCGUAAAUAUGCGUUGCUUAUUGGACGUUUUGUGACGGGGAUUGGCUCAAGUAACAUAAGUCUGUUGAAAGCAUAUGCCUCUAGCGCCAGCACUCAACGCGAUCGUUCACGUGCUAUUGCAUUGGUAACUGGUGGUGUGGCUUUGGGUAUGACUAUGGGGCCAGCUUUCCAACUACUUUUUACUCCAAUUGGUUAUCCAGGCCCAAAUAUCCUCAUUUCUGGUUUAAUGCUUUCAAUGUACACUGCCCCAGCAUUAAUGGCUUGUAUAAUGAAUGCAGUUAAUGCUUUUUGUAUUUUUGCCUAUUUUCGUGAAGUUUAUGCUGGAGUAAUGAGUUCGAGAAGUCAAAUUAAUCGUAAUGAACCAGCUUUACCAAAAAUUGACAAAAGAGCAUUAUUUUUGUGUUAUUUUACUCGUUUUACUCAAAUGUUUAUAAAUACAAAUUUGGAAACUUUGGGCGCUUCUUUAGCAAUGGUUUUAUUUGCAUGGACACGGACUGAAUCUGUCAAAUAUUUUUCUGCAGCGCAAGCAAUAAUGUCUCUUCUAGCCUUUUUAAUUUAUGUUGGCUUUAUUAUGUUCAGAUUUGAUAGAUUUCUUCAUGAACGCUGUAAUGUAAUUGCCUCGUUAUUUGCUUUAUUACUAUUUCAUGUAUUGACUUAUUCUUAUCCGUUUCUACCUGGACAUCUUACAACAUAUUCUAGUGAAGAUUAUCCAUUUAAUAGCACCGAUAUAGACGAUGAUGGUAGUAAUGAAGAAAUACAACAUGUUGGUUGCGAUACUUCAAAAUUUUCUUGGUGCAAUUCUGUCCGUUCAAUAAAUCCAUUUUAUUUUUAUAUUUGCUAUAUUUUAUUUAUUGGACUAGCUUUUCCAAGUCUCAAUGUUUCUUUAAAUACUCUAUUUUCUAAAAUUAUUGGACCUAGAAGACAAGGAUUUCAACAAGGGUUGUUACAAAUGGCUGGUGGGGCAGCUAGAAUGGUUGGACCUGUUGUUAUUAGUGUUUUAUAUUCCGCAUAUGGUCCUCAAAGUGCAUGGUUAAUGGAAAUGGGAGUUAUCUCUUUAAAUUUGGCACUUCUUUUUACUUGUUGUGGAAGAAUGAUACCUCUAACUAUCCCACCAAUAAAAAGAGCAUCAACAGCAACUCUAAUAAAUUCAAGUAAUGGAACAACAAUAAUUAAAGAAAAUGGAGGAGAAGAAAAUUUUAAAAAUGGAAAAACAAAUGGAGGAAUAAUAUUAAAUUUAAAAAGUGACGAAGAAAUUAAAAAUAAAAUAAUUAAUGAGAGGACAAGAUUAAUGGAAAAUAAUAACGGUGAAAAUGUUGGGAAAGAAAAAAUAAAAAGGUGUGAAAAAAUUAAAAAUAAAAAGAGGAAUGUUGGGUUAAAUAGGAGCGGGUCGUGGGUUCGACCCCGUCCGGCGCCGGAAUUUUUUAAGAUGUGGAAAAUUGUUUUUGAUGAUCAAAACAGUUACAAAAAUGUAUAUUUCAGUUCAGAUUUUAUCAAAAAUAAUGCUUAA